AUGGAAGAGCUUGGCUCUUCUUCCCACGUUGGCCGGGUGGUCCUACACCUGGACUUGGACUGCUUCUUCGUGCAGGUCGAAACUCUCAAGGACCCGAGGCUGGCGGGCCAUGCAGUAGCAGUGCAGCAGCACAACGACAUCAUCUCCGCGGACUACGCGGCCCGGCGGAGGGGCGUGCGGAAGCACAUGACCCCAGCCGAGGCCCUGGCCCUCUGCCCCGACCUCAAGCUUGUGCACGUGAGGAGAACGGAGGGAACGUCAAAGGUAACGUACGAGGACUACCAGAAGGCCUCCGCCGGCGUGCAAACGCUGCUGCAGAACACGAUCGCCUCGCUCCAGUCCGCGGCUGCUUCCGGAGUCAACUCCAAAAGGAAGACAGAGAAGGCGCCUCCGGAGGUGGAGAAGGCCAGCAUCGACGACUUCUACGUGGACGUGACGCCGUUGGUGGCCGCUCAACUCGAGCGCGGCCUUCUAAUCAACGAUCUCGACAUGCCCGCGUCGCAGAUGGCGUCGCAGUCAAGCGAGUGGCCGGGCGCGGUCGAGGGACCGGGUCUGGUUUCGGCGCACAUCCUCACCGCGCAGGAGGUGCAGCUCCGUGAGGGCGCGCGUAUCGCCGCGUCCCUCCGCGAAGCCGUCCACACCAAGUGUGGGCUGCGCGUCUCGGCGGGGGUCGCCCAGAACAAGCUCCUGGCCAAGCUGGCAUCGAGCGCCAGCAAGCCCGACGGCCAGACCACCGUCCUCCCCGGCUCCGUCCCUUCCAUGCUUGCGCGCCACCCGCCCAGCAAGAUUCCCCAGCUCGGAGUCAAGCUGGGGAAGGAGAAGCGCGGGGUGCUGCUCGCCGCGCCGUGGACGGACCGGGUGAAGGUCAUCUCCGACCUGGCCUCGGCCUCACUGCUGCCCGAGCUCAGGCUGGCGUUCGGGGACGACAAGGCCGAGUGGCUGCAUCGCGUCGGCCAGGGAAUCGACGACACGCCCGUCAAGGACAAAGGCCCGCCCAAGUCAUUGAUGUCGUCGAUGUCGUUGACGUCGAUCACCAACGACGCCUACCAGUUCAAGAAGAUCCUGCGCUAUCUGGCCGACGAGUUGUGCAAGCGACUCAAAGAGGACGAGCUCCGUUGGAAGCGCAAGCCCAGGACCUUCAACUUCUCCUUCCGGCUGGUCAAUGAAAAGGAGAGCUCGCACACGAUGACGAUGAAGAAGGUCACCGACCGGGUGCGGGAGAUGCGAGCGAAGGAAGACGUCGAGGGCGCGGGGCCAGGUCGUGGCGCCAGCAGUGGUGAGGCGGCCGCAUCAGCAUCGGCCGAUGCCAUGUGCUCGCUGGCCUUCCAGGUCUUCAACUCCACCGUGGGCGACCGCGCGUGGAAGGUGCGCUGGGCGGGAAUGAGUGCUCGGGACUUCCAUUCCACGGAGCCGCCCAAGGGCGGCAUCGCCACCUUCUUCUCGGCAGCGUCUUCGUCUUCGUCUUCUUCUGCGCCACUGCCUUCUACCUCGACACUCCCUUCGUCGUCGUCGUCAUCAUCUUCUGUUGCUUCAGUAAUGGCGAUGCCACCUCCCACCUCGCCUUCUUCUUCGGCGCUCAAACGACCCUCGCCGCCGGCCAGCCCCGCUAAGAGCCCCGCCACCAUCACCACCCGAGUGGCCAAACAGGGCAGCAGCCCCACCAGCCCCAAGCGAGCCAAGACGAACAAGAACGCCACGCCGCAGGGCAACACCAUGCUCGCCUACUUCACAGUGGCCACCUCACCCUCGAGGGAGAAGCCAACAGCAACGUAA